CUGCCGCUGCUGCUGUGCUGCUGCUGAGGCUGCGGGCGGAGGCCGGAGGACCGGGCAGCGGCGGCGGCGGCGGCGGGAGCGGGAGCGCAGCGGGACGACCGAGCGAGAGCCGGCCGAGCUGAGAGCCGAGCGCGCUAUUCCGCCCGCUCGAGGAGCCAGAGCCUCCCGGGCCCCGCCGCCGCCGCCGCUGCACAAAGCCGCGAGCCCGCGCCUGAGCCAUGUCCGCGUCGGCAGGCGGCGGCCACCAGCCCAGCCAGAGCCGCGCCAUCCCCACGCGUACCGUGGCCAUCAGCGACGCCGCGCAGCUACCUCAGGACUACUGUACCACGCCCGGGGGGACUCUGUUCUCCACCACGCCGGGAGGAACACGAAUCAUUUAUGACCGAAAGUUUCUGUUGGAUCGUCGCAAUUCUCCCAUGGCACAGACCCCGCCUUGCCAUCUGCCCAAUAUCCCUGGAGUCACCAGCCCUGGCACCUUAAUUGAAGACUCCAAAGUAGAAGUGAACAACUUGAACAACCUGAACAAUCAUGACAGGAAGCAUGCAGUUGGGGAUGAGGCGCAGUUUGAGAUGGACAUCUGAGCGCAGCAGAGUCGAAGGAGGCUGUGGGCAGCGGCCCGUGUGACCUGACUGGGCCAGUAGGAACGCAGAGAACCGAAGCAGCACUUCCCCGUCCCCUCCCUCUGGGUGCCAAAUGAUGGGAGACCAGCUCUGUCUGACCACAUCUCCCUUGCCCCCACCCAGUUAAGGUUAGGAUGAAAGCCCUUGAUUAGUCUGGAGCUGAGCGGUUGGUCCAUAGAGGAAAGCAAUCCCUGUAGCUUCCCUGGUCAUUUCCCAAGAGUCUUCCUGCCCCCUUCAGAUUGCCCCACGUCCAGG